AGACGCGCUAGCAGGACUAUCGACAUCACCAGUUCUUUGAACCGAGGAUCGCGCCUGCGCAGAACCACCACGUUUAUAGACACGGACACAGAUGGUGACCUCCAGUACAACUUCGACUACGGAGACCCCAAUUCCCCAACGCUCACCGCUACGUGGCCCACAAAGAGCGGUCUCACAGAAGCUGUCGCGCUGAAGAUGUGUACAGACGCUGCUAAGUCGUCUAGCGCGUACACCCAAUGCCUGGCCACAGGGAAAAUAGACGUCAACGAAAUCGUAGGAGGAUGCGUGGACGACAUGAAGAUAUCUGAUGGAGACACAGAGUUUCUGUCCUCAGUUGUCACUGCCUUCGAAAACACGUGCCAGGAAAAGGUGCUCAAGGACCCAAAUUCUUAUACCAAAAACGCCACAGACGGAACACUGAUAAUGCCCGCCUUUGUGACUGCUGAUUUGUGCACCACGCCUUGUCAGCACGGCAGGUGCUCUAACGGCGCAUGCGUGUGCAACAAUAACUGGGUCGGUGAGGACUGUUCUGUUGACGCGACCAAACCACCACAAGCAUUAGGUUUAACCAGACCCGAAGCUUGUGAUAUAAGGAAGCGCCCGUGUCGUCUGACGUUCCUGGAUAUAGAAAACAUCGCUGAUACGUCCAAGUUAAAAUGUCGCCUUAAAGACCUCACGAUUGUGAACGGGAAAGUGAGCACUGUCGGAGGAAAUGUAGCGUUCUCCAAGGCAGACUUCCAGAACUAUGCCGAGGUCUCCUGUGAGAUCCCAGAGUCACCGGCACACAAAGGCACAGUGGCUAGCCACGCCUACCAUGUGUCAGUCACGUUUGACAACAAUCGCUGGAGCAAUGACGUCAUGUUUGUGAUCUACGACUCCCUGUGCCAGAACUGCACUGAGAAAGGGACGUGCACGAUCAAUGCAAACUCUUGUCACAUCAGUGGUAAAUGUUACAGUGCUGGAGACCAUGACCCGACUGACACAAACAAUGUGUGCCUUCCGGCCAUCAGCGCCACCAAGUGGACACAAGUUUCAGUACCCACCCAGCCACCCCCGCAAAUCAUGGCUGCCAGCACCACACCCCGGCCAGCCACCCCCAAGGCCACGCCCUUCCCCCUCCACUGGGCCAAGUACGGGGGUGAAAACAAGAUGAGAUGGGACAUAUGGACAAAGGCUGAGACGGGCUGCAGUUGUUACUUCGACCAAAGUAAGAGGGACUGCGCGUGCUGUGAGCUGGGAGGAUGCCAGUGUCCCACGAGUUCCAAGUAUCACUGUGUUAAAUGUGGGGAAGAAUUCACCUGUGGAACAGUUAAACCCUCUACCGACUUCGGCAUAGACGGUUGGACCGCCACAUUCACCGGCUGCCCCUGCGUCUGGGACACCAAACGCCCUGACUGCGCCUGCUGCCAGAACCUAGGCUGCCCCUGCGGUAAGACACACCGCAACCAAUGCACGCAGUGUGGACAUCCAGCUGCCUGCGGGACGAAGCCGGAGAUAUUCGGUCCUCCUCUCAACGACGCGAUUAUCGGUUGAUUAUGAACGAUAGAUGGCAGCAGAGGUCGGGUGCAUGCCACCUCUGUGCUUCUGUGCGCAUUCGUAACAUUUUUUUUUGCUCUGUUGUUUUAUUUAGUAAUGAGUUGUGAAAGUAAUGUUACUGAUGAAAUUGCACAAAAGGAAACAACUUUGCUUUGAGUAUAAGUCAGCGUCUAUGAAUUCUAAAUUUAGAUUCUUCUCUGCCUUGAACUUGUUUCUCAAUGAUAGAGUUUUAAGGAGAAAUGCUUUAUUUUCUAAAUGACAGAAAGUCCAUAACUUUGGAAAUAAAGGCAGUUUCGUUAACAGUUGAGUUUUUGUGAUAUAUAAGUGGUUAGAUAUUAAGUAAUGAUGAAGAUGGAAGCUUUCUUUUCUAAAUAAAUAUUUUUAUUCCGUUGGUGCUCACGCAAAAGUACAGGUGAUGCCAGAUUUCGGUUGAUUCAGAACAAUAAAAGUUCCGAUGUAUCUUUCGAAUCUAGCAGUUUUGAAUCAGUAAAACAGUGUAUAUUGAUUAAAAUGUAAAUUUACUGUAAAAAGAUUAAUGAAGACAUUCUGUUCACAAUCAAUAUUUUAAGAAAAAAACAAAAACAUUUUCGCCUUGAUCUCGAUCAAAUAUGCAUGUGACUGAUAGGUGACAGCAACAUAGUCACAUGCCAAGACAAACUAUUUGAAAUUGUCCUGAGAAACCUGACUCUAUUUCAAAACGACUAAGAACUUAAACAAAUGAAACAAGUUUUGCUGUGAAACUUAUUUAAGGAAAAAAAACUCUACCUUUUUCCGAUAUUUAAUCUGAAAAUUUCAAACACGUAGAUAUCUAGACUAAAACAAAAUCCUACACACGGUUUGUAAAAGUUGAGAAAUUCAUACGCAAGUUGUAACUUGUUGUCAUGAAUACACAUAUCAUGGACCAUAAAAUGAGCACCACACUUUGAGCAUCACAUGGCAACUUUGUAUCACAAUUAGUCAUUAGUCAUGGACAUGGCACAUAUAUUGACGUAUACACGUACGCCUGUACUGUACAGGCCUCUUAGGCUGCACGGCAUAUAUUUUCAACCCAUCUGCAGCGGUAUGUUUUGAGAUAGACUGCUCCUCCCCGGAAAGCGUUCUACAGUUACAAAAUCGCUUCAAUGAUCGUCUUGUAAAUGCUGGAACAGCUACAAUGGCCCCUUAUUUUAGUGAGGAGGACUUAGCUCGCUUUUAGCGGUUUGCUUCCUAUUAUUUGCAACAUGAAGCAUACUCAUGGAAAUCAGGCCUAGUAUGUACAUGUAUACCAACAAAAAUUAAUCCCGUGGCGAGCGUAGGGUUCCGCUUAGGUGGUAUUGUAAUAUAGUAGGGCUGUUUUAACAAUAAUUUAAAAGCUGUCAGUUUCUUAAAACAUAGCGCUACAGAUAGAACGAUACGAUUUAACAAUGUGAAAAGUUAUUAUAGACAUUUCUAACGACGCACACAACCUAAGAUACACAAAUAUCUGUGUAAAACCGAUAUACUAUACGUGUGAAAACAACACACUUGUGACAAAAUAUAGUCUGAUAUCCGGACGGAGUCAGUGUAUAAAACAUUUCUUAGAAAAUACACUUCUAUAUAACAGCGAUAUAUGUAUAUUCAGUGCAAAUUUAGUAAUUUGUAUAAUACAAAUGUAUAAAUAUAAAGCUUUAUAGAUUUUAGCAUACAGCAGCAAAAGCUUCUUACAGUAAGAUAUGUACAUCUAUUUUUACGGCACCAUCUUCCCGGGUAUUUUUGUGUAAUUUUUUUAUACGCACGAUUCAUUUCCAUGCGACCGGGUUCACAAAAGUGUUGGCCUUAGCUUUGUGACCGAUAAUUCGGUCAGUUGCAAUUCAGAAUUAAUCACGAUACGGAUUAUAAAACUUAAUGGCCACAGAAUGGUAAAUGAUGAAAAAUGUCAACCGACCAUGUUCAGAUC